AUGCAGCCGGCGGCGCUGCCGACGCGCGCGGACGGCAUGCAACCGGCGGCACUGCUAACGCGAGCCGUCGACAUGCAGCCGGCGGCGUUGCUGACGAGCGCAGACGACAUGCAGCCGGCGGCGCCGACCCACCAGGACACCAGCGACGAGCUGCCCGAGGGACAAGAUGCAUUGGACAAUUGGAAUCUGAAGGCCCUCGCGAAUGCAUACGUCGCUGUGGAAUCUUGGGGCAGGUCGCCAGUGUCGGCGCUGAACGAACUAGGCGUUCGAGUCCGUUAUACACUAGUGGAGCAGAGCGGACCAGCACAUUGUCCGAGCUUCAUCGUUGUCGUUACUGUGGCGGACAUGCGGUCAGAGGGCAGGGGCCACAGCAAGCGGGAGGCUCGAGACGCGGCGGCGCGCGCCUGCCUGGUGGCGCUGCUGACGAGCGCGGACGGCAUGCAGCCGGCGGCGCUGCUGACGCGCGCGGACGGCAUGCAGCCGGCGGCGCUGCUGACGCGCGCUGCUGACGCGCGCGGACGACAUGCAGCCGGCAGCGCUGCUGACGCGCGCGGACGACAUUCAGCCGGCGGCCCGGCGGCGCUGCUGACGCGCGCGGACAUCAUACAGCCGGCGGCGCUGCUGAAGCGCGCGGACGACAUGCAGCCGGCGGCGUUGCUGACGCGCGCGGACGGCAUGCAGCCGGCGGCGCUGCUGAAGCGCGCGGACGACAUGCAGCCGGCGGCGCUGCUGACGCGCGCGGACGGCAUGCAGCCGGCGGCACUGCUGAUGCGCGCGGACGGCAUGCAACCGGCGGCGCUGCUAACGCGCGCCGUCGACAUGCAACCGGCGGCGUUGCUGACGAGUGCAGACGACAUGCAGCCGGCGGCGCCGACCCACCAGGACACCAGCGACGAGCUGCCCGAGGGACAAGAUGCAUUGGACAAUUGGAAUCUGAAGGCCCUCGCGAAUGCAUACGUCGCUGUGGAAUCUUGGGGCAGGUCGCCAGUGUCGGCGCUGAACGAACUAGGCGUUCGAGUCCGUUAUACACUAGUGGAGCAGAGCGGACCAGCACACUGUCCGAGCUUCACCGUUGUCGUUACUGUGGCGGACAUGCGGUCAGAGGGCAGGGGCCACAGCAAGCGGGAGGCUCGAGACGCGGCGGCGCGCGCCUGCCUGGUGGCGCUGCUGACGCGCGCGGACGACAUUCAGCCGGCGGCGUUGCUGACGCGCGCGGACGGCAAUCAGCCUGCGGCGCUGCUGAGGCGCGCGUACGCCAUGCAGCCGGCGGCGCUGCUGACGCGCGCGGACAUCAUGCAGCCGGCGGCACUGCUGAAGCGCGCGGACGACAUGCAGCCGGCGGCGUUGCUGACGCGCGCGGACAACAUGCAGCCGGCGGCGUUGCUGACGCGCGCGGACGGUAUGCAGCCGGCGGCGCUGCUGAAGCGCGCGGACGACAUGCAGCCGGCGGCGUUGCUGACGCGCGCGGACGGCAUGCAGCCGGCGGCGCUGCUGACGCGCGCGGACGGCAUGCAGCCGGUGGCGCUGCUGACGCGAAAGGACGGCAUACAGCCGGCGGCGUUGCUGACGCGCGCGGACGGCAUGCAGCCGGCGGCGUUGCUGACGAGCGCGGACGGCAUGCAGCCGGCGGCGUUGCUGACGAGCGCGGACGGCAUGCAGCCGCCGGCGCUGCUGACGAGCGCGGACGGCAUGCAGCCGGCGGCGCCAACCCACCAGGACACCAGCGACAAGCCGCCCGAGGGACAAGAUGCAUUGGACAAUUGGAAUCUGAAGGCCCUCGCGAAUGCAUACGUCGCUGUGGAAUCUUGGGGCAGGUCGCCAGUGUCGGCGCUGAACGAACUGGGCGUUCGAGUCCGUUAUACACUAGUGGAGCAGAGCGGACCAGCACACUGUCCGAGCUUCACCGUUGUCGUCACUGUGGCGGACAUGCGGUCAGAGGGCAGGGGCCACAGCAAGCGGGAGGCUCGAGACGCGGCGGCGCGCGCCUGCCUCGUGGCGCUGCUGACGCGCGCGGACGGCAUGCAGCCGGCGGGCAUGCAGCCGGCGGCGCUGCUGACGCGCACGGACGACAUGCAGCCGGCGGCGUUGCUGACGCGCGCGGACGGCAAUCAGCCGGCGGCGCUCCUGACGCGCGCGGACGGCAUGCAGCCGGCGGCGCUGCUGAAGCAGGCGGACGACAUGCAGCCGGCGGCGAUGCUGACGCGCGCAGACGACAUGCAGCUGGCGGCGCCGACCCACCAGGACACCAGCGACGAGCUGCCCGAGGGACAAGAUGCAUUGGACUUGGACAGUUCGUCUCCACUAUUACAGGACAAUUGGAAUCUGAAGGCCCUCGCGAAUGCAUACGUCGCUGUGGAAUCUUGGGGCAGGUCGCCAGUGUCGGCGCUGAACGAACUGAGCGUUCGAGUCCGUUAUACACUAGUGGAGCAGACCGGACCAGCACACUGUCCGAGCUUCACCGUUGUCGUUACUGUGGCGGACAUGCGGUCAGAGGGCAGGGGCCACAGGAAGCGGGAGGCUCGAGACGCAGCGGCGCGCGCCUGCCUGGUGGCGCUGCUGACGAGCGCGAACGGCAUGCAGCCGGCGGCGCUGCUGACGUGCGCGGACGGCAUACAGCCGGCGGCGUUGCUGACGCGCGCGGACGGCAUGCAGCCGGCGGCGCUGCUGACGCGCGCGGACGACAUGCAGCCGGCGGCGUUGCUGACGCGCGCGGACGGCAUGCAGCCGGCGGCGUUGCUGAUGCGCGCGGACGGCAUGCAGCCGGCGGCGUCGACCCACCAGGACACCAGCGACGAGCCGCCCGAGGGACAAGAUGCAUUGGACAAUUGGAAUCUGAAGGCCCUCGCGAAUGCAUACGUCGCUGUGGAAUCUUGGGGCAGGUCGCCAGUGUCGGCGCUGAACGAACUAGGCGUUCGAGUCCGUUAUACACUAGUGGAGCAGAGCGGAACAGCACACUGUCCGAGCUUCACCGUUGUCGUCACUGUGGCGGACAUGCGGUCAGAGGGCAGGGGCCACAGCAAGCGGGAGGCUCGAGACGCGGCGGCGCGCGCCUGCCUCGUGGCGCUGCUGACGCGCGCGGACGGCAUGCAGCCGGCGGGCGCAUACAGCCGGCGGCGCUGCUGA